CAUUCUCCUAACAACCUGGAAUGCUUUGAGCAGGAUUUCCUGCAAGAACAUUUCCCAGUACAAUGGCUCGCUCCUCACGGAGAUCUUCUGGAUGGGGACUCACCUGUUUCUCCGUCCUGCUCUUACUGUUCCUCAUUUCAUCUUCAGUUGCGGUCAAACAUCAUGAUUUCAAGCGGUGCGACCAGUCGGGCUUCUGCAAGAGAAACAGGGCACUUGCAGACUCUAUGACGGAAAAGAGCAGUCCCGGCUCUUCUCCUUACCAGCUAGACGCUGCUUCGGUCAAGUUCAAGGACGGCCGACUAGAGGGAUCCAUCAUUAAGACAGUACAAGAUACUGGCCCGGUCAAGCUCCCUUUAACAAUCUCUUUCCUCGAACGGGGCAAUGUGCGGGUGAUUAUUGACGAGGAAAAGAGAAGGAAGGGCGAGGUCGAGCUUCGGCAUGGCAGCGUAGCUCGGAAGGAGAGAUACAAUGAAGCUGGAGCAUGGGCCUUGACAGGAGCUGGUCUCCAGUCUCAGAAGAGUGCAUCACUCAAAAAGAUUUCCAAGGAUGUUAGCGAGGUAUCAUGGGGACCCGACAGUCGCUUCAAGGCCACCAUUCAGCACGCCCCAUUCAGUAUGGAGUUCUGGUCUGGGGAUGACAAGCAAAUCGUGCUCAACGGUCGUGGCUUCAUGAAUGUCGAGCAUUGGCGACCGAAAAUUGAUAAGCCUGCGGCAGAUGAGAACUCAACGCAAGAGGCAGCCAGCACCCCUGCUGAAGAUGAAAGUACCUGGUGGGAGGAAAGUUUUGGAGGUAACACAGACUCUAAGCCCAAGGGACCGGAAAGUGUCGCAAUGGACAUCACCUUUCCUGGUUAUGGCCACGUCUAUGGGCUUGCAGAGCAUGCUGGGCCACUGUCUCUCAAACAAACACGAGGUGGAGACGGCAACUACGAUCAGCCAUACCGAAUGUACAACAGUGACAUCUUCGAAUAUGAGCUCGACAGUCCGAUGACACUCUAUGGCUCUAUUCCUUUCUUGCAAGCCCACAGGACAGACUCCACGGUGGGCAUCUUUUGGCUGAAUGCCGCUGAAACUUGGGUGGACAUCACGAAGUCGACUCACGGCGGAAACCCGCUAACUCUCGGUCUAAGUGGUGGUGUAGUUGACACCCAUACUCAUUGGAUGUCAGAGAGCGGUAUCUUGGACGUGUUCGUUAUGCUCGGUCCAACUCCUAAAGAUCUGUCCAAGUCCUAUGGCGAACUGACCGGUUACACUCAGCUACCAGCGUCAUUCGCGCUGGGAUAUCACCAGUGCAGAUGGAACUACGUGAGCGAUGAGGACGUAAAAGACGUGGACCGGAAGUUCGACAAGCACAAUAUCCCAUACGACGUUAUCUGGCUUGACAUCGAAUACACUGACGACAAGCAAUAUUUCACUUGGGACCCCCAUACUUUCCCGGACCCCACCUCCAUGGAGCAACAGCUGGAUGAGACCGAGCGCAAGCUUGUGGUCAUCAUCGACCCGCAUAUCAAAAACAAGGGAGGGUAUUUUGUGGAUGAAGAACUCAAAAGCAAGGGGCUGGCUGUUAAGAACAAGGACAACAACAUCUUCGAGGGUUGGUGCUGGCCUGGCAGCUCACAUUGGAUCGAUGCUUUCAAUCCUGCAGCGAGGGCUUGGUGGAAGUCCCUGUUCACAUAUGACCGAUUCAAAGGGACAAUGAACAACGUCUGGUUGUGGAAUGACAUGAAUGAGCCGUCUGUCUUCAAUGGUCCCGAGAUCACCAUGCCCCGGGACAACAUUCAUCAUGGUGAUUGGGAGCAUCGAGAUGUGCACAACAUCAACGGCAUGACCUUUCACAAUGCCACUUAUCAUGCCCUUCUUGAGCGCAAGAAAGGCGAAGUACGUCGACCCUUUGUAUUGACCCGAUCAUUCUAUGCAGGUUCGCAACGAUCUGCUGCAAUGUGGACAGGUGAUAACCAGGCCAAUUGGGAUCAUCUUGCGGCAUCUAUCCCAAUGAUUCUGAACCAAGGUGUCAGUGGCUUCCCUUUCGGCGGCGCUGAUGUGGGCGGGUUCUUUGGAAACCCCAGCAAAGAACUGCAAACUCGAUGGUAUCAAGCUGGCAUAUUUUACCCUUUCAUGCGUGGUCACGCACACAUCGAUACGCGCAGACGAGAGCCUUACCUCCUAGGCGAGCCAUACACCAGCAUCAUGGCCAAGGCUAUACGGCUACGCUACGCAUUGUUCCCGGCUUGGUACACUGCUUUUCACGAAGCUUCUACAGAUGGCUCUCCUAUUGUUCGCUCCCAAUAUUACGUCCACCCUGGAGACGAAAAGGGUUUCGCCAUUGACGACCAGUUGUAUCUCGGUUCGACGGGGUUGCUGACCAAGCCCGUCACGGCCGAAGGCGCCGAAAGCGUUGACAUCUAUCUAUCAGACGACGAAAACUACUACGACUACUUCGACUACACGAUAUACAACGGAGGUUCCAAGACACACAAGAUAACUGCGCAGCUCGAGAAGAUUCCUUUGCUUAUGCAAGGUGGGCACAUCAUCCCUCGAAAGGACCGCCCCCGGAAAAGUUCAGGAUUGAUGAAGUGGGACCCAUAUACCCUUGUCGUAGUUCUUGACAAGGACGGCGAAGCCCAAGGAACCCUCUACGCCGACGAUGGGGAGACAUUUGAUUACGAACAAGGAGCUUCCAUUCAUCGACAGUUUACUUUCGCCAGCGGAGAACUCAAGAGUACCAACCUUGGUGCAAAGGGAGCAAAGACGGCGAGUUAUUUGAAGACCAUGAAAGAAGUGACAGUUGAAAAGAUCAUUGUCGUGAAUGCACCUGCCACAUGGUCAGACCAGAAUGAAGUCUCUGUGACUGGGGAAGGAAUUAAAGGCAGUGUUCAAGCAGAACUGAUCUACCAUGGACCGGCAGGGAGCAAGGCCGCCUGGGCUGUGAUCAGGCGUCCAGGAACGAGCAUUUCAUCGGACUGGACCAUUUCUUUUCCAGAGACGUCCAGUCCGAAAUCUGAGCUGUAGGCUUGUACGAUAAGAAGAAGGAUCUGACAAAAGUGCAUCAGCGUCCAAUGACUUGUGAUAUAGAAAAGAAAUAGACACGCCUUGCUGUAGAUUUCGACCAAAAAUGCUUGUGCCCUGGAAUGUUGCGGACUUGGG